AUGCUGAAGCUUUCACCUCUCAAUAAGCUGCUUGGCGGUCUAGCGCUAGCCAGAUCACCUGUCUGCUGCCACUGCGAAUGCUUCACACCAGAUCCGUCGGAAGCGCACGCAAAUGAACGGACGGCUGCCCAUGAGGCCCGCAAAGCCAAGUACGACGGUCGAGCACGCAGAGCUGAAAUGAGGCACGAACGGCGCAGCGAGCGGAGGACAAGGCGGAUGGACCGUAAGGCGCAGCGCCGCGGAGGUAGCAGCGGCGCAGCGAGGCACGACGGCGUCAGUGGCUCAGCUGUGGCAGAUGACGCAAACCUAACGCCAGCUCCUGGCUCGACGUACGGGGGGACAAGAGCAACAGACAGCGAGAAAUAG